AGGCCUGAGCUUCAUGGCUUAGAUGAAAGCAGCUUGGGGUUCUUUCCCUUCCUCAGUCUUUCAUCUAAUAGCAGACAGCAGGAAGGGAGCAAGAGAGACAGGGCUGCUUUCAUUCCCCUGAAGUACUAGGGAAUAAAUUCUCUUUCAGGACAGAGUAUGCCUGUGGAGGGAGGGAUUUUUGAAUGCCAGCAGGGAAAAAAAAGAGGACGGAGCCUGAGAACUCAGACGCCAUCAGGAGAAGUGGCACACAAACUAAGGAAAGCCUUUUCUCACCUCAUCCCAAACCCUUGGGUUCCCAGGGCUUGCUUGACUGCUAUGGAGUUUUCAGUGUGGCUUUAAGUCCUGACUCAGAAGUGGGAAGGGAUAAGAUUGGCAAGACUGAGCAUGUGGUUUGGUGAGAUGAGAUCCUUUAGGGGCUGAGGUUGAAGUCAGUGGUGACUCGGGCUGUGGAGGGGUGGGUAUGUGUGUGAUAGGGAGAUGAGGUUUGUGAAUGACGUGUUUGUAUAUAUUACUGUUUUGUGUGGGUGUGAAGAAGGAUGUGUGGGUGGGGUAAGACAGUGUGCUCCUGUGUGAGUAGGUGUCAUUAAAGUCACCAAACAUAAUGUACUAGGGGAACACAGGAGAAUGAGGUUUCACUCCUGUCCUUAAGUAGCUUCUGGACAAUAUAACUGAGUGAAGACACUGGAAAAAUAAGAACCAGAAGAAGCUUGUGAGAGUUGAGACCACCGAAGGUGGAAUGGAUAGGAGGGAUUCCAGGAGGAGGUAAGACUUAAACUGAGCUCUGCAAGAUAGGUAGAAUUUUAGUUAAUUGGAAAGGUGAGAAGAAAAUUGCAAAACCAAAGCCAGAGGAGUUAAGAAUGUGUGUGUUAUCUUGGGUGAUGGGGUGGAAGUGGAGUGAUAAAUGUGACUAGUCAUUGGGAGCAAUAGGAGAUAAGACUAGAAAAGCAAAUUCAAGACAUUAUGUAGGACUUCAUGCUGGUCCUCUAGGGAUGGGGAAUGAUAUGAACAGAGCUAGACUUUAAGAAGAUAAAUCUAGCAAAUGAAAUACAGAAGGGAGAGACUAGAAGGAGACUGCUUUAGAAGACUGAUGCAGUAGUCCAGAUCAGAGAUAAGGAGAGAAGAACCCACCUCUAAUUUAUAUGGGAAUGAACAAGCCCCUCAGAUGAAACCUGAAAGGUAAGCAUCCCUAAUAAAUCUGGUGUCCUGGACAGGAAACAAGGAUUUAGGGGUACGGGCAAUUCAUCUCCUGACAGCGGAGGGUUUGGACUUUGGAAAAGAAAUAACAAUUGAUAUUCAUGUGGAACUUUAAAAUGUACAAAAUAUUACAUAUGUAUGGUGUGUGUGUGUGUGUACAUACACACACACACACAUAUUAUCACUUGAACCUCCUAGCCUUGUGAAAUAAGGACUAUUGGUGUGAUCCCCAUUUUGCAGAUAGAAACUGAGGCUCAGGUGAAAUGACUUGCCAAAGUUACAUAGGUAAUAAAUGUCAAGAGUCAUACUUCACAUUCAGGUCUUUCCAAGUUAAACACUGAUUAUUUGGUUUUCUGGAUCAUGGAUUGUACUUCAGUGGAUCUGUGAUCCCAUCAGUGUAGAUACUUUCUCCACUGAUUGAGAUCACAACCCUUCACACUGUCUUGUGUGAUUCUUAUCCAUGCCUUUCUGCCGAGUCUUCCACAGAAGACUCACUUAGUGUAUGGGAAGCCUUCCAACACUUAAGAUAGAAGAAAGAUGGGCUUGUGGUCAAGGCAUCUCACAGGCCUGGGAAAAAUAUCUAUGAUGAGGGACUCAGUAGCCUGAUCAACAAAGCUUUAAAACAGGAAUGUGACAGGAAGGAAGAAAAUGCCUACAUAUAAACCAUUAAAAAAAAAAAAAGAUAUGAUGUGGAGGACAUGAUCAGAAGCUUUAGACCUGGAAGUAAUACUAAAGGCCAUCUCAUUCAAUACCCUCAUUUAACUGAUGAAGAAAUUGGAACCCUGAGAGGUGAAGUGACUUGCUCAAAGUUGCUCAGAAGCAGAAAAAGGAUUUAAACCUAGGUUCUCUAGGCUCUAAAUCCAGAGGGUUUCCCCCCACCAUGGCACAAAGAAUAGUGCUUUCAGUAAGGAGAAAAGAUCAAGAAUGAAGUCUAUGUUCAGUUAACUCCAUAUCAAUUGCACAAUCUGAGCAAGAGACAGUGACUGAGAUUUUAACACAAACAAGUACAACCUCAUAGGUGUCAUUGAGACUUAGGAAGUUGGGAUUCAGGACAGGAAUCCAUCCAUAGAUGAUCAUGUGUUGUCCAAAAAGAAACAUGGGGGGGGGCAGUUUGUACAUUAAGAAUCCCGUACUCAAAUCUUAAUCUACGAGAAGAAUUAAUUGGUGGGUGAAAUGGGACUACAGAAAGCACAAGGGGAAAUGACCAUAGCAUCCUAGAGUUUGUGAUAACCAAGGGUGGAGACAAACACUGGAGAUGUUAGGCUUUGUAUCAGAAGGCGGGACUAGAGGAGAAGCUGCAAAGAGGCCAAUUCACACUGGAGGUUAAGAACUUCUAGAGCUAUCUAAGAGGAAUGAACUGCCCCUUAGAGGUCUUCAGGUGAAGCGUGGAUAACCAUUGGUAAAGGUAGUUGUAGAGUGGAUUUAGGCUCAUGUACAAGUUGGACUAAAUGGCCUCUCAGAUCUCUUCCAGCUCUGAGAUUCUUACAGCAGAAUCCAGAGAAAAGGAAGGUCUGAUCCUGGUGACUUAGAAGAGUGAGAACACCCUUUGGGUUGGAAUGGUCAGCACAGACUUUGUGGAGGUGAGACUGGAGCUGGACUUUGAUGUGUAGGUAAGAUGAGGUUAGCUAUGAGGCUUGUCUGGUAAGGGGGCAAAGUAUGUGGAUGUGGAGAUGUGGAGAAGAUCUCUGUGUUGAGCUUUAUGUUCUACUUUGUGUUUAUGGGGGUUUAAGGUAAGUCUAUAUCCCCUGAGGCCCAAGAACAGAGGGCAGAGGUGUGUAUGUUGGGCAUGCAUGGGGGUGGGGGGGAGGAAUUGGAGAGGAGAGUAUUAGGGUAGGGCUGCCUUGGCAUUCCUGCUCAGGUCUGAGGACAGGGACACCUAGAUCCUCAUUCCUUCUGGGAAGGAAAUCUCUGUAGUUUGCAAUGGGAAUUCAAUUAGUGUGUGUUCCCAUAGCUAAUAGGUGGGGUGAGGUGUGUGUGUGUUUGCAGAGUAUGGGGGGAGCAGUGGGAAGAUACGACAAGCUCCCGAGAUAAAGCCUUUUAGAAUCCCAGAGUGAGCUGGUGCCAGGAUGUUGGGGGAGAGGGAAGAAGAUAGAAUGGCCCUAGGCAUCCUGAUACUCAACUCUCCUCAGUUCCCAUCCUCCAAGGCACAUCUGAAUGUCUGAUAGCUACAGAAAAAUCCAGGCUAAUCUAAACUAGCAUCUCCAAAAUGGGAGGAGUCAAGGGGGUUACCAGGCUAGACACCUGAGUCUUCAGAUUGGGGGUAAAAGAUGUCUGGAUCCUAGCCUGCUUUCUUUUACCUCCCACCUAUGGUGGGUAGCCCCUGAGAUGCCUCGAUCCUUCCUAGUAAGAAGCAAGAGAUCCUCUGGAAGGAAGAAGAUGAUUGGCUUUACUCCAGGGGAUACAGCCCCGUCUGUGGGGAGCCUUGGAGGCACAUGGGCUGAGAGGCCACUAUACCCAGACUCUGAAGCCAGCUCCUCCCUGAGGUCCCCUGCCCUAGCCGAGGGUGACCUCGUUGGGCUCCAGGGUCUGGCCAGCCUCUCCUGGGAUGGUCACUGCCCCCGGCCCCAGCUCCAGCCUCAGCCUGAGACAGGAGUUACUUCCCCAAGUCUGCAGCCACAGCUACUGCUGUUACCACCCACAGCACAGCCCCCUCACCAAUUCAAGGAGAGGCUGUUCCCCUGCGGCGUGUGCGGGAAGAGUUUCCGGCGCUCCUCCACUCUGUCCACACACCUGCUCAUCCAUUCGGGCACGCGGCCCCACCCCUGCCCCUUCUGCGCCAAGCGCUUCCACCAGAAAUCCGACAUGAAGAAGCACACGUUCACCCACACCGGAGAGAAGCCUCAUCACUGCGGAGUGUGUGGAAAAUCCUUCAGCCAGAGCUCCAACCUUCUCACUCAUCGUCGGCAGCAUGGGGUGAGCCGGCCCCUGCCUCGGAGGACAAAGUGCCCACCCUCACAAGAGUCCUCCUGCCUCAAAGAGUCACCUAAUACCUCCCUGGGGGUCCUGCGCCCCAGGGAGAAGGGAGAAACCUGUCCCUAAAGCCUUGUUCUCCACCUGUUC